AUGACCUAUAGUGGCGACUUUGGACUUAUCGGCCUUGCCGUUAUGGUAGAUCACUUUUUGGAGAAUGAGGCAAAAGGUACCAACAUCAUUGGUGCUCGAUCCAUUGAGGAUUUUGUGCAUAAACUCAAACGUCCACGCAAAAUCAUGCUUUUGGUCAAGGCCGGUCCUGCUGUUGAUGAUUUCAUUAAACAACUUAUUCCUUAUCUCGAUGAAGGAGAUAUAAUUAUCGAUGGUGGUAACUCCCAUUUCCCAGAUUCCAUCCGCAGAUGUAAAGAGCUGGAAGAUAAAGGUUUCCGAUUUAUUGGCUGUGGUGUCUCUGGUGGUGAGAGCGGUGCUCGUUAUGGCCCUUCCCUUAUGCCCGGUGGUACUACAUCUGCUUGGGAACAUGUUCGUCCCAUUUUUCAAGCAGUUGCUGCCAAAGCUGACAACGAACCAUGCUGUGAUUGGGUCGGUGAGACUGGUGCAGGGCAUUAUGUUAAAAUGGUUCAUAAUGGCAUCGAAUAUGGUGAUAUGCAACUUAUUUGUGAGGCAUACCACUUAAUGAGAGAAGGUCUUGGGCUUACGCAUGAUGAAAUUGGUGAUGUCUUUGAAGAAUGGAAUAAGGGUGAACUUGAUUCUUACCUGAUUGAAAUUACCAGAAAUAUUGUUAGAUAUAAGGAUACAGACGGUAUACCCUUAGUUGAAAAAGUUAAGGAUACUGCGGGGCAGAAAGGUACUGGAAAAUGGACUGCUAUAUCUGCCCUUGAUCUAGGUGUCCCUGUUACACUUAUAGGAGAAGCUGUUUUCUCUCGUACACUUUCUGCUUUGAAAGAUGAACGUAUCCGUGCAAGUAAAUUAUUGAAAGGCCCUAAAAACGCGAAGUUUUGUGGAGAUAAACAAACUUUUAUCAAGCAGUUGGGACAAGCAUUGUAUGCCUCUAAAUUGAUUUCUUAUGCUCAAGGUUUUAUGUUGUUACGUGAAGCCGCCAAAGAUAACAACUGGAAUUUGAAUUAUGCUGGAAUCGCGUUAAUGUGGCGCGGUGGUUGUAUUAUUCGAAGUGCCUUCCUUGGUAAUAUCAAGAAUGCUUAUGUUAACAAUCCAAAUCUUGAGAAUCUUCUUUUUGAUCCAUUUUUCAAAAAUGCUGUUGAGGAUGCCCAAGAUUCUUGGCGUAAUGUUGUUUCACAAGCAAUUUUACUCGGCAUCCCUACUCCUGCGUUUUCCACCGCAUUAGCCUUCUAUGAUGGUUAUAGACAUGAAAAAUUACCUGCAAAUCUACUUCAAAGUCAGAGAGAUUACUUUGGUGCUCAUACCUUCAGAUACCUUGAUGAAUGUAUUGAUAAUGAACAUCCAAGCGGUGAUAUUCAUGUCAAUUGGACCGGUGAAGGUGGUAACGUAAGUGCCUCGACAUAUCAAGCUUAA